UUUCUAUUCCAUAAGGACUUUUCUGUGUUGUGUCGGAUCGCAGCUGUUGUUAGUUAUUAAACAAGUGAAGCUUGCUUUUAUACAUACUGUAUACAUACUGUAUAAAAGUUCAAUCUAGACUGAUAUAACCUGCUGUACAUGUUCACGCGGAGUGAAUUUGGAUUUUUUUUUUUCUAGUUGAAAUCCUGACCUGUUUCUGAUUGGCUAAUGAACUCUGUUUGAGUAUCUCAGGCUGAUUUGAGAAACACAUCAUGGCUUCUCGAGGAAAAUCAGAAACUGGGAAACUAAAGCAGAACAUGGAGGAGCAGCUGGACCGACUAAUGCAGCAGCUACAAGAUCUAGAGGAGUGCAGAGAAGACCUCGACGAUGAGGAAUAUGAGGAAACCAAAAAAGAGACCCUGGAGCAGCUGAGCGAGUUUAACGAGUCCCUGAAGAAGCUCAUGUCAGGGAACAUGACCCUCGUGGAUGAAUUGGGAGGGAUGCAGCUAGCUAUCCAAGCUGCCAUCAGCCAAGCAUUUAAGACCCCUGAAGUUAUUCGACUGUUUGCAAAGAAGCAGCCUGGGCAAUUACGGACAAGACUGGCAGAGAUGGACCGUGAUGUGAUGGUAGGGAAACUUCCUAGAGACGUGUACACUCAGCAAAAACUGGAGAUCCUCACAGCUCUGAGAAAACUGGGCGAGAAGCUUACAGCAGAGGAUGAAGCUUUUCUCACGGAAAAUGUCAGUGCCACUCUGAGCCAGUUUGAGAAGGUUACAGCAAAAAUGGGAUCUGAAGAUAAGAUCAUGGCCUUAGCUAGCUCUGGAGUUGAAAAGACUCAGACCUAGUGAUGCACUUUUUCUCAUUUGGUACUCUGUAAAUGAUGUGUGUUUGUUUUUUUUUGUUGUUGUUGUUAUUUUUUUUUUUUGUUAUAUUAGUGUAAUAUUUAGUCCUAUAAUUUUGGAUCACACUUCUUCAGUGCCAUUCAAGUUUCUUAAAUGUGUAGUUAUUUUCAUGCUUAACCCCAACGACCUUCAAAAUACUUAUUCAUUUUUCUGUAUGUGAUUGUACAGUUUCUAUACAGGAAUUUAGGAAUUUCAUUGAGCUACCCAGUCAGAUUUAAUGUAUAAUAUUUACAUUUGGUACACUGUACUAGAUGAUUUGUGUUUUGGUCAUUCCUUUCUGAGGUUUUAGGAAAAAAAUGAAUGUCUUGAUGUUGGAGUGUAUUGAAAAUGACAGAUAAAAUAAUUUCUUACAGGC